AUGGACUGGGACGCAGCCUUGCUCGGGUUGACAGAUGCGAGCAAGAGCGGUCCGUCCGAGCAGAUCCUCUUCCUCCAGGAGCGGUACUACCAGCUGGAGGAGACGUACAAUACGCAAUUGGUCGAGAGGGACAACACCAUUCGCGAGCUGGAGGAAGAGCUGGCUCUGGUCAGGGCGUCGGCGACGGCGGUGGAGGAGGAGCUGGCCGAGGCUCGAGCUGUCAACGACAAGCUGACCCGGGAUGUGGCGCUGAUGCAGGCCAACAACGAGAGACUUAUGGAAGUGCUGCAGUAUCACCUCAAGAAGGCCGGAAUGGACGGCGAUGAGGCAAGCGCCGCUGCUACGGCUCCGGCUCCGAGUGAUGAGCCGGCCUCGGCCGAGCCGGAUGUCAAGACCAAGAAGCGCUCCAGGUCGCGAAUCCGCAUUCGCACACGCAAGUCGAAGCCGAAAGACAAGGACAACGCUACAGCGUCCGACAAAGCGUCGGCGUCGGCGUCGCCAGCCGCAUCGCCGAGCAAGCCGGCCCGCGACGAGCAGGGUGCAGCCUAGCCUUUAAGCUUUACUCCUCGAAGCUACGAGCCCCGCGAGAGCGAGGCCCGAAGUCCAGC